AUGUCUUUAAAAUUUUUUCUAAAAAAAUUUUUUAAUGGGGUAUUGGCCGUUUUUGUCAUUUUGAACAAAAUUUUGAGACAUACUUUUUUUAAACUUUUUUUUUUUAUUUUUAUUUUACAAAAUUGUAUAGACUACUUAAAAUUGUUACAUUAUUCCUUCCCCUCUCUCCAAUUUGUCCACCAUUUUUUUAUUUUUCCAGUUUUUUUCAAAACUAACUAAAAAAUACUCAUAUUUCUGUUCACCAUGUCCAUUGCAUAAUUCUCGUAAUAUUUACUGACUUUUUGUCUUUUUGUUUUUAUUUUUUUUUCUAAAAUUUUUAUACUUCAUCCGAUUCAGAAACGCUGAUCUCUCUCUUAGGGAAGGAAGGAAGGGAAAAAAUAAAAAAAAUUUGUAUGGACUAGAAAAAAAUUUUUUUUGAGUAUAAUAUGUAUACCUGCUAGAACAAAUACUAAAAUUAUAUAGUA